UGUUACCCAGUUGUAAAGGGCUCUUUACGAUAUAUAUGCUAUUGAGUGUUGUUUUAAUUCAUGAAAUGCAUUUUAUUGGCACGAUAUAGUCGUAAUGUAAAAAAGAAAAUUAGGAAGUUCAAUGAGGACAUUGUUUCCAAUAUAUUUUUAUUAAUGGAAAAGUGAAUGAGGAUAACAUGUAACAAAUGAUUUCGGGACUUAAACUACUAGUAUACGAGAUGUAGUAUGCCAAUGGAUACAAGUGAAGAAAUGUAACCAAAGUGUAGCUUUCUAAGUUCGUAUAAUAAUCUAACUUAUUUAUUUAUUUUAACUUAUUUAAAAACAAAAAAACCAAACAAAUUUUCGUUCUAAUUAAAAAUAAAUUUAAAAAUUAAAAUUAAAAAUUUUCGCAUAAAAAUUACGAUUUUUUAAAAAUUUUAAUUUAAAUCACAAACCAAACUAAGAAAACAUAAAAAAAGAGUACAAAAAACCCACAAGUCUGAAACCAAACCAAAUAAAAUUAUUUUUUUUGUAACAAAAGAAGAGGAAGAUAACAAAAUUUUAACAAUUUUUUUCGUUUAACAAGAAAAUAUUACAACAAACAAACAAACAAAAAACGGUUGACAAUAAAUAAUUUAAAUGAAACAUUUUCAAGCACAAAUAUAAAAUCGGUAAAUUUAACAUCAAAACAGCAGUAUUAAUUAUAUGAAAAUCAGGUAUCUUAAACGGAGAGAAAAAGGUGUAAAAUAAAAAGAAAAAUUUAAGAGAAAAUAUUUAUUAACUAAAAGCAAAAAAAAAAAACAAAUACAAAAAACGUAACUAAAGUGUCCGAUAAAUCAGUACAAAAGAGUUUAAGUGUUCAAAUCAUAAAAUUGUGCCCAGAUCUAAAGAAAUAUAAUAGAGUUCACAUAAAAUAUAAAAAAGAGAAAGAAAAUAGUUACCCAACUACCAAAAGUUAAAUUUAAAGAGAAAACAAAACGUAAAUCAAAUUAAAUUAACUAAACAAAAAGCAAAUAAUUAUAUCAAUCGUUUUAAUCAAUAAAAAAAUUAAUAAACAAAAAAGGGGAGACGGAAAAUUAAGUAAUAAUUAAAUUUAAGGUGAUUUAUUUUUCGAAGAAUAUUUUUAUAGAAAAGAGAAACAAAACAAAACAAAACAAAAAUUAAUUAAUUAACAGUUAGUGUUCUUGCCAAUAUUUACAAAAGGUUAAAAAAACGUUGACAAUUUUAUUAAAAACUAAAACAAAAAAACGCGUCUACAAUCAAUGCUUGACAUGGAAAGUUUAAAUGAUUUCGUGUGAAAAGUUCGUUCAAUAAAACAAACAAAAAACAAAACAAACAAUCGACUAACAAACACUGUGCAUUCAAAUCUAAAAAUAUUUUCUUUAAAUCCGGUCUUGCUCAUGAUGAUUUUGAUGGUUAACGAUGAGUGUUCAAACCACCGAAGACGGUACUGAUAACAGUUUACCAUCAUUUUCAACGUUUAGCAGCGAACUGGAUCCGUCGUGGGAUUACUACGAUCGUGAUCGAUCCAGUACGGAUGUAAUCACAUCACAAAGCAAUAACUAUACACGUCCUUGGGAAAUGGAAACCAAGGACAAAGGCUUUGAGCCGUUCUCAAAGCUGCCGUCAUUCCAAAGUCAGUUUCACGCCUAUUCGGAAACAAAUUUAGUGCCAGAACCUAGUCUACCGCAAAUAACGCCCGUGCCGGUGCCCGUGUCGCCGGCAUCGCCCGGAAAUGGAUCGCUCACCCAGCUGACGCCGAUCAAUUCGAUUCAGUCGGGUCUGACGCAGUUGCAAAGUCCCAGCUUUCACACAUUGACCGCCGUCAAUACGCGAACGUAUCCGCUGGUGCCGGCACCGAUUCAAGCUCGUGACAUUCCUGCCAUUAAUCAACAGUACCUCGAAGAACGACACAUACAAUUGUAUCAACCAAUCAGCACAUUCCCUCCACAGAAUAUGGUGACUGUUAUCAAAAAUGAGCCAAAUUACGAAAUUAAAAACGGUUUACAUCACACGAAUUUCAUGAAUCCGCUAAUCGAUAACGGAUUCGAUAUCAAAGUUGAAAAGUCUGAAUCGCCGGUGGUGCGUUGUGAUGCGAGGAAAAAGGAGCGCAGAAAAAACCGGGCCAGUUCGUUAGAAUCUAGUGCCGAAUCCGAAAGCAGUGCAAUGGAUAUGGGUGACGGUAAUCCGGGACAAGUUGCUGCUAUCUCGAGUACGGCUAGCUUUAAGAGUCCGAUGGGAUCGAUGGGAAUGAAUGAAGAUAGCGAAGGGAAUGGAGAGAAACAGACAAAGAAAAAGAGAAAACGAUGCGGCGAAUGCAUCGGAUGCCAGAAGAAAGACAAUUGCGGUGACUGUGCUCCGUGCAGAAAUGACAAAAGUCAUCAGAUAUGCAAACAAAGACGCUGUGAGAAGUUAACGGACAAAAAACUGAUUUAUGGUGCUGACGGUUCAUUGAUACGGGGCGAAUCAAGACGUGGCCGUGGAAAAGGACGCGGCGGCGGUGUGAGCAGAGGGAGUUUUCGUGGACGAAAAGCCUUAGGACUUGGAUCAGUGGUAUCACCUCGACCACAACCAUCCACAACAUCAAUUAGUCCAGCACCCGCCUCCCUACCGCAACCAUCACCAAACACAACCACAUCAGUUAGUUCGAAUUCGAUUUUGGUAACUGGAACCGCUGCCACACCAGUAGCAUCCCAUUCCAUUGCACAACAGCAACAGCAGCAGCAGCAACAACAAGUUUCGGCUAUAGUUCCAUCACCCGGUCAUACCAUGAAAGAACAACCACAACAACCAAUGGCUCCAAUGGCUUUCUAUCCAACAUGGCAAGCCGAUCCUUCACAGGGCUGGCAAAACCAAUUCAUACAGCAAAUACCACAAAAUACUCCAGCCAUAACAUCACUCAAUUCAAUUGAAUUUCAGCCACAGGGUUACUCAUAUCAGCCGAAUGGCUAUGUUCAAACUGGUCUCGGUUUUGAGCCGAAUUAUGGUCGAACAUAUGCUACACCAGUCCAACGUUAUGAAUUCCAAACGAAUCAAAUGUCUCCAAUCAAUCAAGUAUCACUGCAGAGCGUCAGUUUCGCACCGGCAGUAACUUAUACCAGCCAGGUAUCAACUGGCUCCACACCGAUGCUAUUGAGUUCACAGAACGAUUUGAAUAAAACGGUUUCGGGAAACGACAUGCCUGGAUAUCCGCGGGUGAACAGCGUACCGCCGCGCUCACUCAACUGUAAUGGAUAUUCAGGCGAUUAUAGCGGUAAUCAAAAUCACAACCUAACAAACAAUGUGCCGCAACAACAACAACAUAAUCAGCAUCAGCAGCAACAACAACAGCAAAUGCAACAACAUCAUCAGCAGCAACAUAACAAUUCCAAUCAAAUGCAUCCGCCACAAGUACCACAAUCACCAAAUCGUAGCAAUAUGAGCACACCAGUUAGUCAGCACAUGAUGGUGCCAACAGGACCUGGGUCAAAUCACAUGUCACAGAUUCCGCAGUCACCAAACUCACUACAAAAUAACGGAAAUCAACAACAAAUCCAAAUGCAAUCACCGAACCAUCAUCAUUCCCAACUUCAAACUGCGUCACGCUACCCAUCACAUCCUGGUACGCCACACAGUAUGCAACAAUCGCCAAAUAAAAAUCCCCAAAUGUUGCACAGUCAUUCGGGUAUGCACACACCGAAUCCACAACACACCGCUCAUCAACAUAAUAUGACGGCGAUGUCGCCGAAUCAUAAUAUGAAUCAUGUGCAAGAAUGGAGCUGGAACAAUCAUACUGUGCCGGCUGGCAAUAAUGAAAUUUUUAAUCAAUCAGAUCGGGUGAAUUUGAAUACAAGACUGAAAACGAUGAUACUUAGUAAAAACGAUCAGAAAGACCACGAUCAUCAGAACGGCGACGGAACAGCAUCUGCAGCCAAUCAACAGAAUACCGCUCAGACCGGUCAUUUUUUAUCGUAUAGCCACCAUCUCCGAGAUAUAAACCCUACAACGAAUGAUAGUAGGUGUUUACAACCGUGUUCGACACAAGUUGCCGAACCGAUCGGAGGUGGUGGCGAAAGUAUCUGGAAGCCAUUCGGAUACAGCAAACCGAAUGACUUUCAGUACUCGGAUCAAAAAUUGGAAAAUUCCGUUCGAAAAACUGACUACGGAACAGACGAAACUAAAGAGAAGAAUGCUAAGGGGAAAGCAACAGCUGCUCAAAAGAGCCAAAAUGUAGAUGGUGUUAAAGUAAAGAUCGAACCAGAAAAGGUGAAACCGAAACGACAACGUAAAAAACCGGCAGCCAAACAAACGCAAGUCAAUGACGGACCCAACAAAUCUUCCAAUAAUGAAAGUUGUCAUAACGCAAACUCACGCCAGUCCUAUUCCACAUAUGGCAUUGAUCAUAUCCAUCCGCCGCAUGAACAACCGAUGCAACAACAACCAAUACCGAAACCGUAUUAUCUUCCUAAAGAGAAUGAAACAGUUCCUACGCCAUACGAUCCAGCGAUAAAGAUUAAACAGGAACCGAUGUCCUUUUCCAACUACAAUCCCACAACGAAUCAUCCCGUGGAAAAUUUCGAUUUAGCCCAAGUGAAAAUGGAGGGAUAUGAGAGAAACUAUCAAAAUUUCAUUAAUUACGCGGACUAUUGCCAGAGUCAAAAUCCAACAGCGAAUAGAGGCCAGCAACAGCAACCAACUCAAAACGAAACGGACUAUCCCUGUUUCAAUCCUAACUACAAUUAUCCGUCGUUCUCUACCGCCAACUAUCAAACAAAUUACCCAAACUACAAUCAAUACACCGGACAACAAGUGCAACAGCAACCAAUGAAUAUCGAACCAGUUCCUCAAGCUACCAAGCAAGAACCGUACCUUCAAGAGCAACACGUUAAAACUGAAAAUGAAAGUGAAAAUAAAAUUGUUCUGACGAACUACGAAAAGGAGAUCCCAGUGUACACAUACCCCAAUCCCAGUAAAUUACCGGCCGGUGACACGAAUCAAAAAGCUGAGCCACAAAAGUUUCCGUAUUUGGGCGAGGGAGGUCCAGCCACUUUAUCUGAAUCGACUGGAUUUAGUUGCUGUCGGCAAGGCGGAACGAAUCAACCGAGUGACGAACACAUCAGAGAUGGCACUUGCGUGGGUCGUCAAACCAAAGACGAACUUUUGUUAGAUGAUGACGCAGAAAAGAGUCAAGACGAAGCUGGCGAGAGGAAUGCCGUACCAUCACCGGAUCGCACGGAAAAAGGUUUAAAGCCAGAAGUGCCGGAUUGUGAUUGCUUCUCGUCGGAUAAAAAUCCGCCUGAGCCAGGGAGUUAUUAUACGCAUUUGGGAUCGGCAGCGAGUCUUGAAGAUUUGCGGAAAGAUUUUGAGCAAAGGGUUGGCAUUACCGGUCGACAGUUACGCAUCGAAAAAAUUGUUUAUACGGGAAAGGAAGGCAAAACCGGACAAGGGUGUCCACUAGCUAAAUGGAUCAUUCGGCGUGUUGACCUCGAAGAGAAAAUUCUGUGUCUAGUAAAACGGAGACAAGGACACCGAUGUCAAGCUUCAUUCAUUGUUGUGUGUAUCGUCGCCUGGGAUGGUUUGCCGAAAUACGAAGCUGACAAUGCUUACAAGUUGUUGGUUCAUAAGCUGAACAAAUUUGGUUUGCCGACAACUCGACGGUGUGCAACAAAUGAAAAUCGAACAUGCGCUUGCCAAGGCUUGGAUCCUGAAACGUGUGGUGCAUCGUUCAGCUUUGGGUGCUCGUGGUCAAUGUACUACAACGGCUGCAAAUAUGCUCGCUCAAAGACAGUUCGUAAAUUUCGAUUGUCGGUAAAAAGUGAAGAGCCCGAAAUUGAAGAGCACAUGAACGUGUUGGCCACAAUACUCAGUCCACUGUACGUAAAUGUGGCACCUAAAGCGUACGAAAAUCAAUGCAAGUACGAGCAAGAAGCUCCCGAUUGUCGAUUGGGACUGAAGCAGGGGAAACCUUUCUCUGGCGUCACAACCUGCAUUGACUUUUGUGCACAUUCUCACCGAGAUCUGCAUAACAUGCAAGAUGGUUGCACGGUGCAAGUUGGUUUGUUGAGGCAACGGGGUCCUGGAGUGGCUGCAGCUGCAGAAGAUGAACAAUUGCAUGUCUUGCCUCUGUACACAAUGGACACUACCGACGAAUUUGGCAGCGCAGAAGCUCAGACAGAAAAGAACAAAACCGGCGCUGUUCAAGUCCUCGAAAAAUUUCCAUGCGAGGUACGUGUGCGAGCGACUCCUCUUCAACCAUGUCGACGUCAUGGCAAAAAACGUAAUGGCAAAGAAGUGGCUGAAGAUCCACCUCCUCCUCCCACACUUCCUGCAGAAAUACAACCAGCCAAAAAAGAGAGUUCGAAGAAAUCAGCAAAAAACAAAUCGAAACAACCGCCACCGUCAAGUCCGUCUCCUCGUGCUCAAACUCCACAAGCAAGCAACACCAGUCCGUCAACGAACAACACUAGUGCAUUUUCGACUCCCAUCAAUCAGAAUUUGAUGAACACAAAUUCAAGUCUCAUCAACAUGGCGUCGAUGAUCGAUAACUUUACAGACGCACAGCUGCAAUCUAACCACAUAUCGAGUACCGUUCUGGACUCACCGUAUUCAUACGAUUAUACGACUGGUUCGUACAUUGACAAUCGAAAUUUUUACAAUCAAUGGCCGCCGGGAUCAGAUUAUGGUUAUCCGGAUCGAUGCGAGCAAGUGAAAAGCAGAGGAAGUGAAGAGAAUCCAGACUCGACCACAUUAUCAACAGCAAAUUCAGCGUUCAGUCCAAAAAUUACCGAUCCAAAUAAGUUCUCGUUGCUGGACGACAGCACAAAAGAUCAAGGAUUCGCUAAGCCGAAGCCACCUGAAUAUCCACACAACUAUGGCUAUCAUUCCAAUAAGCCCGCCUAUUCGCCAAUGUAUCCGCCAUACACUCCAUACGAACACUACAAUAACAUGGACUAUUACAGCAACGACAAGCUUCGCUACAAUUUCUACAAUCCUCAUCACCAUCAGCCAUAUCCGCAAUACAAUAUGUACCAUUCGAAUCCGGCACUGUCAGCUCCAUCGCCAUCACCACAACCCAAUUGGAAUAUGUAUCCAUCACCGGCACCGAUGUCCAUGCAUCCGAUGCAGCCGCAAAUGCAACAACCCUCGCCAAAAAUGCCCGAACAUAUAACGCCCACGUCCGAGCCAAUCGGUGAAAUAACCGAAGUCAACGAUAAUUUGGAAUGUUUCCAGGACUCACAGAUGGGUGGCGUUGGUAUUGCACUCGGUCACGGCAGUGUGUUAAUCGAAUGUGCGAAACAUGAAAUGCAUGCAACGACAGCGCUAAGAAAACCGAAUCGUUUGAAUCCGACCAGAAUUACGCUAAUCUUCUAUCAGCAUCGCAACUUGAAUCGGCACAAGCAUGGUAUUGAAGAGUGGGAAGAGAAAAUGCGAUUGAAGAAAUUGGGAAUCACGCCACAGGAUGUUGAAGAGGCGAAUAAGGAAAAGGCAAUUAAGUUGGAAGAGGAUAUCAAAGCGGAGAUGCGAGAUGAACCGCCGGCUGGCGAAAAAUUUGAAUUGGAUUAUGAGAAACUGAAUCGUGACAAAGAGGAGGUAUCGUUAAGGGCGCCCACAUUGACAACAACAUCGUGGACGACUUUGUUCCCGAUGCAUCCAUGCGUUGUCACCGGGCCGUAUCAGGAAGGUAAUAAUCCUACGGCUACACAGAGUGUGGCAGAAGGAUCGGUCCAACAACAACAGCAGCAGCAACAACAACAUCAGCAACAGCAACAACACCAGCAGCAGCAGCAACAUCAGCAGCAGCAACAACAACAGCAGGACUCGUUUAUUUCACCUAAACUCAGUGAGGCUUAUAUUUAAACAUAAAAACUCUGGUUGGAUCUUAAUUCGAUUUCAAUUUUUUUUUACUCCUUUCUGCCAUUCGAUUUUUCGUUUCUAAUUAUUUUGCCAUACUGCUGGUCAUCAAUGCCAUAUAAGUACAAACAUUUAAAUUAGUUUUACAGAAUGAGUGACCGAAUCGAAUGAUUUUUAAACUUUAAUAGUUGACGGCUUUCCAUGAUAUUGUGAACGUACGAAACGAAACCAUUUUUCAGAGGAUUUGCGUGAAGGAAAAUUUGAUUUUCAAAUUCAUAAAAUUAAAUAAAAAGAUCUCAAAAUCGAAGCAACGUCUGAUUAACUCAACCAACUCAACUGACCGGUUUGAAAUUCAAAAUUGACGUUUGAUUGCAGUGGUAAGUGAAAAAUUUUCUUCAACUUAACUUUUCUUGAAUUUCCUGGACAUAUGUUGGACCAAUGUCUCUACUUUUACUCGGCAGAAAAGAUAGAAAAUUGAAUUUCCAUUUUUCCCAGAAUUUUCCAUAAAUUUUCCUAAAUUUUCCUUAAAAAUAUUUUUUUGGGAAAAUCUAGAAAAAUUACGAAAAUCUUUUCCCAAAUAUAGUCCCUGAGUGAUAUGAUAAACUAAAAAUUUUUAAUUUUCCUCUGUGAAAUGCCAUUCCAUUGACUAAGUUUGUCAUUUUUGCAACAUUUUUUAUUCUAAAUUCACUUAAACGAAAUUCAAAAAUUAAUGAACUGGCUUGUCCGAGCCUGUUUCACCGAAAAUUGUAUUACUCCACCUGUCCCUAAUGAGUCAGUAUUUCAACUCGAAUUAUUGAUUGAAAGACAAGUCCCAGUGUAUUUACCUUCCCCACGACUAAUGUCUUCUAACAAAAAUGUAUUUCCACGUUAAACGUUUCACAAAUAUUUGUCACAAGAACCUCUAACAGUUGUUGUGAGUUGUUGUAAUACCAUUUAGAUGAUGUCAAAAAUUGACGUCAAUUUACCAUUCAUCAAUUUUAUCUAAUAAACUGUAACUGUGGUAGUCAUGACUAAAAAAAAACUAAGUUCUAAAUGUUCAUUUGCGCGUAGAGUGUCACUUAACAAAUGAUUUUGUAAAUAAUAUAAAAAUCGAAGAACUAAAAAAGGAAAAUGAAUAGUAAGUGUGUGUUGUACAUACUUUAACAUCAUCAACAGCAUCGCAUGCAUUUUAUAAAAAUAUAUAUAUUUAUCUCCUUGGAUCACUACUGAACAAAAUGAAAAACAAAAACAAGGCUAAGUGGAUAGAGAGUAAAAAUGUAUUAUUAUUCAAAGAUAUACGUAUUUAUAUAAACCCGUGGAAAGUUAUUUAGAUUUUCACAAAUUUUUUUGUUGAUGGAAUUUUUAAUUGAAAACGCAUUCAACGUUCUUGUAAAUAGUGAAACUUGAAGUGAGUCCCACACAACUACGGCCAUUAUUAUUAUUUUUUCUUUAUUAAUAAAAAAAAACAAAGAGAAGCAGAAUAUUUAAUGAGAAAAAAGAAGAAAAAUGUUUUAAUUUAUAAUGUGAAAUAUUUAAAUAAAGAAAAAGUGGAUAAAAGGAAACGUAAUUAAAGCAAUUGGAAGUGAAUUUUGUAAAUUAAUUUAACAAAAAAAGGAAAGUAAAAAAAUUUUAAAAAUAAAAUUUAAAACAAAAAUGAAAAAAAUUGAUUAUAAUAAAGCAAGAAAAAGAUUUAAAAUACUCAAACACUCAAUCUAGUAAUGUAAAACUAUUGUGGCGUCGUAUAUAUUUGAAUUAUCAAAAUAUAUAUUUUUUAAACUAAAAUAUUACAGAAAGAUAGAAAGAAAGAAAAAGUUAAAAUAUAAAAAUGAAAAUUAUAAGAACAAGUUGCCAUGAGAUGAUUUAAAAACAAAAUGAAAAAAAUGAUAAAAAAAAUUGAAAAAAAAAUAUUAAAUUUAUGAACAAAAUGAAAUUGUGAAAAUUAAUUUCAUUUUGAAUCUAUAUCCAAAAACUUUGUAAAAACAGAAAACCAGAACAGACAAAAUUUAUGCCUAGAACUAUGUUAGUAAUUGUAAUAAAAUAUUUAAAUGAAACAAGAAAAAAUAAUAAAAAAAUUGAAAAUAAAAUGAGAAUAUUAACAAAACGGAAACAGUGAAGGUAUAUAAUAGAGAGCUGAGAAUAUUAUUACGAUUAAAGAAAAAGAAAAAAACCUUUUUAUCGAUAAAUUUAACAACUUUAACCUUAAUCAAAUUUAAUAUAUUUUGGCGAAAAUGAUAUGAUGAUUAUGAUGAACAAAAAUAUUAUGAAACACGCUCAACGCUCAGAUUUUUUAUUAUUAAAUGGAAGAAAGAAAAAUUAAGACAAACAAAAGUUACACACAAAAGAAUCAAGAAAUUUAUUUAUUUAUUUAUUAUAACCCAUAAUCGAUUCAUGAUAGUCCCGUGUUUUUACCUUUUUCAUUAAAAAAAUUUCAUUUUCGAACCAAAUUUUUAUAAUUCAAACUCGACAAAAAGAAGGAGCGACACAUUUAUACGUUCUGAAAUGAGAUAAAAAAUGACAGAAAAAAUAGAAAAUUAAGUGAAACUAAGGUAGAAAGUAUUCGAAAUGGAUGAUGA